AUGAUAAGGACCGAGCUCCCGGCCUUCCCACCCUGGACUUUCCCGCGGGAAAACCUCCCUCCUCGCCCGCCUCCGGGGCCCUGCGGCGCCUGCAGCGGCCUCGGCUCUGGGCGCCCGCCCGCCCGCCAGCCCGGGUCCGAGCGCGGCGUCCCCGCCCCGUUCGUUCAGGGAGCGACUCUGGAGCCGCGCGGGCCGGGGCCGCCGCGGGUGGGAAACGUGUCCGGGCAGAUCGCGCAGGUGGAGCGGGUUCCUCCCGGGCUGGGGCCGCUGUGCGGCCGGCGGGGCGGCGAGAGGGGCGGGGAGCGGGGCGGGGACGCCUGGUUUCGCUACGUCACCGGGAAGUCCCCCAUAAAGGAAAGCGCGGGCCGGGCCAUUUCGCGGACCUCAGAGGUUCUCGGGCGCUCACCUAAGUCGGGUGUCCGACCUGAUCCGUCCUGUUCGGCCCUCUCGGGCCCGGCCUGGCCCCCCGCGCGCAGCUCGCCUCCCGCAGGCUCCGGGUUCGGAGACUCGGUCCCCUGGAGUGAUCGAACGCAGAGGGAUCGCCGGCCGCCUGCGGAGAUGCCCGGGAAGAGGGCGCGUAAGAGCGCGCAGCCUGGCCCUGCGCGGGCCCCGGCAGAGGCUGAAAUUGAGUGUGCCCUUCAAUUAAGGAGAAUUGGAGACAAACUGAGUUUCCUGCAGAAACUUAUGAAUCUAAUGUACAAACUCUUCGGCUCAGGAACCUGA